AUGGACGAAACAGGUGUCCAGGCCCGUCCUGCCCCCGCUCCCCUAAGGGCCCGUCCUGCCCCCGCUCCCCUAAGGGCCCGUCCUGCCCCCGCUCCCCUAAGGGCCCGUCCUGCCCCCGCUCCCCUAAGGGCCCGUCCUGCCCCCGCUCCCCUAAGGGCCCGUCCUGCCCCCGCUCCCCUAAGGGCCCGUCCUGCCCCCGCUCCCCUAAGGGCCCGUCCUGCCCCCGCUCCCCUAAGGGCCCGUCCUGCCCCCGCUCCCCUAAGGGCCCGUCCUGCCCCCGCUCCCCUAAGGGCCCGUCCUGCCCCCGCUCCCCUAAGGGCCCGUCCUGCCCCCGCUCCCCUAAGGGCCCGUCCUGCCCCCGCUCCCCUAAGGGCCCGUCCUGCCCCCGCUCCCCUAAGGGCCCGUCCUGCCCCCGCUCCCCUAAGGGCCCGUCCUGCCCCCCGCUCCCCUAAGGGCCCGUCCUGCCCCCGCUCCCCUAAGGGCCCGUCCUGCCCCCGCUCCCCUAAGGGCCCGUCCUGCCCCCGCUCCCCUAAGGGCCCGUCCUGCCCCCGCUCCCCUAAGGGCCCGUCCUGCCCCCGCUCCCCUAAGGGCCCGUCCUGCCCCCGCUCCCCUAAGGGCCCGUCCUGCCCCCGCUCCCCUAAGGGCCCGUCCUGCCCCCGCUCCCCUAAGGGCCCGUCCUGCCCCCGCUCCCCUAAGGGCCCGUCCUGCCCCCGCUCCCCUAAGGGCCCGUCCUGCCCCCGCUCCCCUAAGGGCCCGUCCUGCCCCCGCUCCCCUAAGGGCCCGUCCUGCCCCCGCUCCCCUAAGGGCCCGUCCUGCCCCCGCUCCCCUAAGGGCCCGUCCUGCCCCCGCUCCCCUAAGGGCCCGUCCUGCCCCCGCUCCCCUAAGGGCCCGUCCUGCCCCCGCUCCCCUAAGGGCCCGUCCUGCCCCCGCUCCCCUAAGGGCCCGUCCUGCCCCCGCUCCCCUAAGGGCCCGUCCUGCCCCCGCUCCCCUAAGGGCCCGUCCUGCCCCCGCUCCCCUAAGGGCCCGUCCUGCCCCCGCUCCCCUAAGGGCCCGUCCUGCCCCCGCUCCCCUAAGGAAGCAAAGGUCGAGCUGCUGCAAGAGCAGAACAAAGAUCUACUGCGCGAACUUCAGCAUUCAGCUGACCCAGUUAAGGACCUUAGACCCCCAAUGUGGGUUCGGGGGUAA